AUGGCCAUCACCGACGAUCCCGCCGAGCUUACGUUCGACGACUUGCACGAGCUGCUGAAGGACGAUGAGGGCAUCAAGGUCGGCGGUGUGGAUGUCGAUGGCCAGGUUCGAGGCAAAUUGAUGUCCAAGAAGAAGUUCAUGUCGAUUGCGCAGUCAGGCUUUGGCUUCUGUUCGGUGAUCUUCGGCUGGGAUAUGCACGAUCAGACUUACUUUCGCGAAUUGAAGAUUAGCAAUGCGGAAAAUGGAUACCGGGAUAUCACUGCUGAGGUGGACUUGAGCAGCUUCAGGCGUAUUCCUUGGGAGAGCAAUGUGCCAUUCUUCCUGUGCUCAUUUCGAGAGCCUGAAGGUGGAAAGCUGAGCGCAUGCCCAAGAAGCUUGCUCGAGACUCAGGCCGAGAAGAUCGAGGCAAAGGGUAUUGGCGCUUUGGCAGGAGCUGAAUAUGAAUUCUUUACAUUUCGUGCUCCCUCCACGCAGCACCCAGAGGAGCGUAACUCGAGCUCUACGGCGACCUUCCUGCAAAAGAAUCGACCCAGUGAUCUGCCCAGUUUGGAAGAAGGCAUGUUUGGAUACUCCUUAACGCGACCCACUCAUAAUCAGGAUUGGUAUUACGACAUAUUCAAGGCAUGCAGCAAGUUCCGAUGCGAUAUUGAAGGAUGGCACACCGAGAGUGGCCCCGGCGUGUACGAGGCUGCGCUGGAGUACGGCGAGAUCAGAGCAAUGGCCGACAAAGCUGCCCUCUUUAAGCUUGCCGUGAAGAAUGUGAGCUCCAGUUAUGGGAUCACCCCGUGCUUCAUGGCAAAGCCUCGCGAAGGACUACCUGGCAACAGUGGACACAUGCAUAUCUCGCUGAAAGAUAACAAGACGGGCAAGAAUCUCUUCUACCGCGAGAAGGCUGAUCCAAAUCCUCCAUACGAAGACUUGAAGCAUGUUUCAGAUAUUGGUCGACACUUUCUUGCUGGCGUUCUUGAUGGUCUGGCAGACAUCAUGCCUUUGGUGGCACCCACUGUCAACAGCUACAAACGUCUUGUAGAGAACUUUUGGGCACCGGUAACAGUAUCCUGGGGACUGGAGCAUCGUGCUGCUUCCAUCAGACUAAUCGCGCCUCCUACUUGCCCUCCUAAGGGCACAAGGUUGGAAGUCCGAGUGCCGGGCGCGGACACGAAUGCAUAUCUCGUCCUAGCAGCGAUUCUUGGCCUUGGAUAUCGUGGUGUGGAAAAACAACUCGAAAUUCCCAUACCGCCUCUAGGCAAGGGUCAAGAUGUCGGUGGAGUCGCAGACAAAGGCCAACGCCUAGCUAAGAGCUUGAAGGACGCGACUGCUCAGUUCUCAAGAAAGGAGAGCGUGGCGCGCGAAGUCUUUGGUGACGAUUUUGUAGAUCAUUUUGCUGGAACUCGAGAGCAUGAAAUCAGACUUUGGGAUGAAGCUAUCACUGAUUGGGAAGUGCGAAGGUACAUCGAGACCGUCUAA